AUGCUGUCGUUGUUCGGUUCCAGAGCGGCGGCCCAGACGAUCGCUCCGUCCAACAGCACACAGGAUCUAUUUCCCUCGUCGACCUCGCCGCGAUUCAUCAUGAACGGCACAGAGUUUUCAAAUAUCCCAGUGGUGCGAUUGGCUCCCUUGGGACAAUAUGCUGAGAUGUCGCAUGACAACUUUCUACGAGUCGAGGUGGAAGGACACCUGGUCAACGUCGACGCAUCCAAUGCCAACGAUAUCGCCGAUAUCGGUCAGUUUUCCUACAUAUCUUGCGACCCAGAAGAUUAUCCGGGCAAUCUGGACGCAAGCCAGGUCUUUCGUAUAGUGGUCAACUCGCCGCGGGCCAACAUUGUGAUCCUGUAUAGCGAGACUAGCGAUCAUUGCAUUGCAACCGGCCUCGACACCUUGCCAAACAUCGGCGGCAUCUUGACAACAACCGAUACUAUGUUAGCAUCGAGUCUUGCGGCCUUGAGCUUGACGGAAGAGAGCACUGGAACAGCAACUAUACUGCCAGACCUCAACUCUUACACCAAUUCGUCUUCGCCUGGCUGGGGUGGCAAUGGCGGUCUCGGUAAUUCUCCGACGACUGCCGUUGCCAUGAUCAUACUCUACUCCAUUACUGGUAUCAUCACCGCUCUUUUCGUUGUCAUCAUCGUCACUGGAGCGGUAAGAGCGCACAGACAUCCGGAAAGGUACGGACCCCGAAAUAUUGUGGGAAGAGGGAGGCAAAGUCGUGCAAGGGGUAUUGCCCGUGCGAUGCUUGAGACGCUUCCUAUUGUUAAAUUUGGCGACCAUCAAGACCUUCCCCCGAAACCGGCAGAGGGAUCGGACAUUGAAAUGAAUGCCGGCUCCACCCACCCUCCUUCAACAGACAAUACCGAUUCGGCCAACAAGGCUGUGGCAGGUGAAGUGGUCACUUCGGAAACACAGAGUGACAGGGCCCAGGCAAUGAUAGCCACCGCCAAUCCCGAUGGAACGGACGCCGAAGGCCACCUAGGCUGCUCAAUAUGUACCGAGGACUUCAAGAAGGGAGAGGAGGUACGAGUGCUGCCUUGCAACCACAAAUUCCACCCUGAUUGUGUCGACCCUUGGCUGCUGAACGUCAGCGGCACCUGUCCACUCUGCCGUAUCGAUUUGAGACCAUUAGGUCAAGAGACCGAAGGAGAGGAGCGGAGAGGCUCCACUGCCACCACAGACCAUGACGGGCAACUUCCGCCGCCGCUGCCGGCCGGAGCAGCUGAUUCCGGUGCUACACCUUACCGAGGUGGACGUAGGGAGACGAUAGCCAAUCUUCGACAUCUGGCUCAUGGCUCCCGUGCCGAACGCAUCGCGGCGCUGAGGCAGAUGAGAAUAGAGAGACUUGGAUCAAAUUCCGAUCAGCCCGCCAAUGACGAGGAGCGAUCAGGCCUGGCUAGGAGAUUCCGAGAAAGAUUUCGGAUAAGGACAGAGAGACGAGGGGCCACUGCCGAGUGA